CUGUUUGGAAGCCGUCUGUCCCGGGGUCCUCGCUCAGCUCCUCUCUCUCUCUCUCUCUCUCUCCCUCCACUUCUGGGACUCUUCCUCGACGGGCUCCUGUCACAUCUGCACCGGCACCAGUUUCUCACCCGGAGCUCCGUGGACGCCUGAAACCAUGCUGACGGUUUUGGCGCUGGCGUCGGUCGUCCUCCUGGGAAUAGUUCCCGAGCAGUCCCAGGCCAUAGUGAUUUACACGGGCUGGGAGCGCCACGCCCUGCUGGGCUCGGACAUCCGGCUGUCGUGCUCCUUCUUCUCCUGGCGCUGGACCUCCGAGGACGUGACCUUCUCCUGGACCUACAGGCCCGAUGGCUCCCGGGACAGCAUCUCUAUCUUCCACUACACCGGUGGUGCUGCCUACGUGGACAACAAGGGCCCCUUCAGGGACCGGCUGGAGUUCGUGGGGAACCCCGGGCGCCGCGACGGCUCCAUCCUGCUGAAGAACCUGGAUUACUCCGACAACGGAACCUUCACCUGCGACGCCAAGAACCCCCCUGACAUCGUGGGCCGGCCCUCCAACGUCCGCCUGCUGGUCUUUGAGAAAGUGCCCAUCCAGGCUGGCGUGAUCACAGGGGCGAUCAUCGGGUCGGUGCUGGGCCUGCUGGUGCUCAUCGUGGUCAUCUACUACCUGAUGAGGUUCCUGGUGGCACGCCGUGUCUUCAGCCUCAGUGUCAGCAAACAUGGCAAGAAAAAGAAGGAGGGAUCACAGCAGAGACAGGGCCCUGCGCCUCCCGCUGACCCCUCCAAGGUGAAGGCGGCCGCCUCGGAAAAGAAGAAGCAGGAGUCGCGCAAGGAUAAGAAAUAGGAUACGGGGAGGGGCUGGGGCGGCCUCGUCAGCCGGCUCCUCCAGCCCGUGCGCCAGGCGGUGGCGAAGGCCCGGCCCAAUCAGCAGCAGCGAACCGUAGCCAGAAAGACAGAGAGGGUCGUCGGAGGGGGGGAGGAGGGCCCGGGCCGGGUGCUGAUGACCAUCGAGCUGGAACUGACCCGCAAAAACGGGGGAGAGGGGCCCGGCGGCGAGGGAGGGAUGGGGAGGUCCAAAGGUCCCGGCUUUCUAUCCCGCCUCGCCAACCAGCUCACCCUCAAAUAAUACACCCACAGGGAGGCGGGGGAGGCCGAGGGGGGAGGAGGCUCAUUGGGUUAGGAGCGUGGGAAGUCUACUGAGGAGACGGCAGGAGAGAGUCAAACCACAAACCUACUUUACGCCCACCACAAUGCCAAACCGAGUCCCCGAAUAAAUGAGUCAAAUGGUAUCUGCUCCUGUCACAGGCCGGGGUCUGUAGACGGGCCAGGAUCUACGAUGUGGUGAUAAUCUCAUUCACCAGCCGUCACCACAAGUGCUUCUGUCAGGUCGUGAGAUAUGCCGUGUGGAGCGAGACCUUAAGAUGGCUGGGUUCGAUAACAAACCCCCCCCCCCCCCAAAAAAAAAACGCAGCGUGCCGGGUUUUGCCUUUCUGGUUCCUCUCAUCGUGAUCCCAUCCACCAAAACAAGCUUCCUCCAAGUGCGUCCGAUCCGCAUCACGGGCGCCGGCUGCAGGGACGAGCCAAUUUGCCUUUUCUUCCGACUCGACAUGUCAAACUCCCCUUCCACUGAUCCUCCUCCUCUUUCCUCUCCUCUUCUCUUUCCCCCUCUUCCACUGUGAAUUUCCUUGACUUUCUUGUUCAUUUAAAUUACAGAGGUGAUUUAUAUGCUAACCGCUCUAUCCUGUUUCUCUUCUUCUCCCACUUCCCCUUCCCUCUUCUCCUCCUUUUCUCUCUCCUAUAGAUAAAGGUCUGACACCUCCUCCGUGACUGCCUCCGCUCCUCUAGUCUGCUCCCUCCUUUUCUGCCCAGCCCGACGCAGCCCCCAUUAUUUCCCAUUAUCUCCUCUCUUUCCACACAGCGCCGGCUGUGAGAGCGGUUCUUCUGUAUCAGUGGCAACGGUGUCAAAUAAUUUUUACAACGCCUCAUCAGAGACCUCCGUACGCGCUCAUUGGGCAAAUUGUAAAACUUUUUAAGGCCUAACUAUGCACUUAACUUUCUUAAGAGGAACCCGAAAGUCAUCCCUCCGAGUUUAGAGUCCCCUGAAUCUUCCCCCCCCUUCGUGUUUACGACUCCUGAGCGGAGCCGCGAGUGCACUCUGGACUUCAGGCGGAGGAAAACAGAGCGGCAGAGGAGAGUGAUAGCGAGGGGAGAAAUAUGAUUCCUUGCUCUCAGCCGGGGCGUAGAUAGAGGUUCAGGCCCUCGAGCUCGGGGUGAUUCAAUCCUCUCACAUUUGAGCUAAUGGAGGUUGUCUGCGUGUCCCUGCCCCGGCUAAGGGGGGGGGGGGGGGGCUAUUUCUGGCCCUAUGAGAGCGAGCAAGCUUACUGUAACAGCUGCACAUUUUUCAACCGAAAGGGGAGGCGGGGCGGGAAGAGGAGGAGGCGAGGUGUUUGUGGGGGGCGGGGAGGGGGUGCGGGGGGGGGGUACCUGCUCUGCUGUGUAUGCCCUAGUGCAGGAGGCCGACGACUGACAACCUGAGAUGACGUCACGGCCCCCGAGGGCGGGCGGAGGCUCUCAGGAGUCCGACCGAGGGGCUUACCAGGAGGAGGUGCAGCUUCUGUGCUCCCUCAGUUAUUUUAAGGUCCAGUUAAUCCGCUCACACGUUUCUCCUCGCCAGCCCAGAGCUAAUUAUUUUUGCGCGUGCUGGGUAACCAGAUAUCUCUCCCCACCAUCUCGCUCCCUGCCUCCUCCUCCUCCUCCUCCUCCUCCUCCUCCUCCUCCACUGUUAUUCACUCGUCAUCUCGGGCCCCCAUCUUGGGAUUCGUCUCCUCCCAUCCAAACCCGUGUGUCGUUCUCGUCUAUCCUCGCGUCUUCGGCGUCUGUAAUCUCCUCCUCUUCCUCACACUAGUGACUCUGCACUGCAUUAUUCCCCCAACAGAAAAGAGGCCUAUACAAAAUCCACUCCACUCUCUUAAGUCUCCUCUUAUCUGACUUCCAGGCCUACAGCUCAAUGCUCUGCUCCUCUCUUCUGUCCUCCCUCACCCCCCCCCCCCCCCCUCUUCUUCCCUCUCUCAAACUCGGUGAUGAUCAUCUGUCGCCUCCCUCCGUCUCGCCGGGUGAUCGACGAACGCCCUAUGGCUCGCCCUUCAAAAAUGCCCCCCUCUCCCAAAGGCAUGCCCCCUGCCAUCCCUCCCUCCCUCCACUGACCCUUCACUGUCUUAUUUCUGCUGGUUCGAACGCCAAAACGCUCUCCACUGCCACCAACUGGCAGGGGGGGAAACACUCGGGCAGAAAUCCACCUUUAGUUCCUCACUGAAGGCAGACACUUAUAAUCUAGCUAGCUCUUCUCCGGUCGCAACAUACGACGUGUGUUCUAUGUAUAUGUGUGUUUAUUUAAAGCGUGUUAAAAAAGAGAUUUGAUAUAAAGCAAAAAGCAACAGUACGUCACCCUAAGUAAAGCAAAGUCGUGUUUUCUGAGACGUUUUCUUUUUUUCCAUGUGUGCACAAAGGCACAUGGAGAACAUCUUUAAUCAAGGGAGGGAAGAAAUGUAAUUAUGUUUCUGACCUUGUGUGUUGUGGACGGUGCUGUGUGGCUGUGUCUUCGGUGCACGGUUCAAUCCGAGGUGAAUUGAAAUCCUUCGGUUGGCCUCAGAUUCAGUGCAACGUGGCUGGGGAGGGGAAAGGAGGAAAAAAUGGGGGGCGGGGGUUGCUUGAGAGAGCUGUGGAGGAAGAGACUUAUCUGGUGUGUUAAGCCAAGCCAAUCCAUAUGUAUCACUACAGAUAGAGUCUGCUCUUCCCCCCCAGAGCUUUCUUUUUAGAGGUGCUCCUUCCCCUCAGCCAAAGGAUGGAUUGCGAUCUGCGUGCUUGAUAUGCAGGGUGGAAAGUGUGAGACGUGAAUGUUUCUCUAAGAUUCAUAGCAGGAGUGGAGGUGCUAAAAACCCACAUCCUUAUAACUGGAGGAUGUGUUUUCACUAGUCGCUGUUUAACUCUCCAGUCGAAUGGAUUAGUUUGAAUGUUUUCUUCUUUUGCGGUGAAGCCACACAGACACCCGAUGUGACACAGCGUUAAACUGCCUUUUUAAAAAAUGUUUUGUUUGUAUAGUCACAGUCGCACAAUAACAUUCCUUUAUUUAAAAAACGGUGGCGCUUCUUUUUACGCUUUUUAUUUUGUAGUUUUCUUUUUCUACAUUUAUUUUAAUGGUAAUUCCAGAGCACUAACAACACUUGAUGACUGUGUGUAAUAUAUGUUGUAAAGAGAACGUAAAUAAAAAAUUAAAGCCCCGAGCGCAGCUGUUAUCAACAGGAGACAAAAUAAAAAGCCAGCUGAAAAACGUC